UAGUGCUUAAAUGAAACACAUCGGUUUUCAUUCCACUAGUCUCACAUCGCAAUAGAACGAUGCAUUAGUUUUCGUAAUUUUUUUAUGUUUUUUUUUUGUUUUUUUCUUUACAUUAUUUUGUGAAAGUGCGUGUUUGAUCGAGUGACUUAAGAUGCUGGUGAGACCGAUAAUGGAACGCUCCUACGACCAAUUCUACAACCCCGUAACCAACUUCUCCCAAUCUGAGCUGAUGGAAAAAUUCAACUUGGCCUUCUAUGAAGCGCAAGCAGUGUCCAAAUCGGACAUUGUCGAAACUUUCCGAGACUUGCAAAACCCUCCGCCUGCUUCAAAAGAAUUACACCCAACGCCUGGGACGAAUGCCGAAGACGACUAUCUAAUCGACUAUCUUAUAUCUGAAGAUUCUGCAGCCAGUCCACGAGAUUGUGAUAUAAACUUUGACUUCAAUGAUUUCGUGGAGGAUUUUGACCAGAACGUUCGAGACUCGUUCUCCGAUUCGACCACAGUGGUUGAGUUUGACACAGAAACAUUCACCACGGAACAUUCAAGGGAUUGCGAAGAAAGUAACGUUGGCAAUAAGCAGUUUUCCAACUUCUUCGUACCUCCUCCGAUAACUUUCGAGGCUGAGCCGAGCUACGAGGAUGGAGAAGCAUGUUUCCCCAUCACCAUUCCAACACAACCAAAGGGAGAUUUUGACAAUAUUAAUUUUUGCGAUGCACUAUCCGAUGGAUCUCUGGAUAUGGGAGAAUGGCCGACGGAAAUCCACGACUUGGAUACGCCAAAUAAUGGAUACCAACAACAGUCACUGCCUCCAGUUGGAACCAUCAUUAAAAACAACUUUGACUUCAACUGCUACGUGCGCAAUAUCCCUGAAGAUGAUAUGGGCUACUUUAAGCAGAGCACGGAUAACAAAAGCGAGUUUGGGCAUUUGAUGGGAUCUUCUGAAAUAAAGCACGCCGAUUUCAUCGUCAAUACCUAUGAAAAGGACCAGAAAAUCUGCCAUGUUUUGGAACAAAAUCACAUGGUGCUGACCCAGACAGAUGCUUUAUUAAACGACGAUCCUCUAUUAAGGUAACAGCUAAAAGACAAACCUCAAAUGUAGAUACAUUAAACUUGACGACUAAACUCACAGACAAAAUGGACAAACAA